GUCACAGCGUCCCCGUCCCUCGCGUCGCGCGACCCGCGUCGGCCGUCAACAGUCGGCGAUGAGUUUAGUUUUCAAAACAAGAGUCUGGUCACCACUCGUUGGCCGCACUCGUGUCUAAACGAAAACUGGAGGUACACUCGUAAACCGGUGACGUGAAAGGCUGUGAAAUAAUCGUGUCUCGUGCCGGCCUAGUUUCUUCCGGUGUUUUUGCCUUUCUCGUUAAAACGUGACGAAAAAAAUGGACACCCUUCGCGAACAGGUGAUGAUCAAUCAGUUCGUGUUGGCUGCAGGUUGUGCCCGGGAGCAGGCGAAACAGUUGCUGCAAGCGGCGCAUUGGCAGUUCGAGACUGCCCUCAGUAUUUUCUUCCAAGAGGCUGCGAUACCUCCUUGCGCGCAAGGACCUGGUACACAUUUCGGCCAAAUAACACCGUGUAACACACCAGCCACCCCACCAAAUUUUCCCGACGCGCUUUUAGCCUUCUCGAAAAUGUCUGCGGGCGACAAAACUCCUUCGGGAAUGUCACCGAGCCAAAAUGGAUUGCAUCAGAAUUCGAUGCAGACGGGGACGGCGGCGCAACACCAUGGGGGACGGUGUAGCGUGACCGGGAACGCGCAACAGCAAACGCAAAGUCAACAAUUAGGGCUAGGCGAGCCACAGAGAUAAAAGAAACUGGUUAUUCGGCGGCCCGUGCGCAAGAUCCCGAGGUCGCGCAAGAUGCACGUAAACGGUGUUUGAAACAGGAGGCAUGGUUUAAACGAUCGAAUUGCUCCCAGGGUUAUACACUGUGCGACACGAGAGCGUCUAUUAUUCGAGAUUUGAGCGCUCGUGUGUACUCUCUCAUCCCUAGAAAGGACGUGUGAGUUUUCCUGGAAAACCCAGGAAGCGGAGAAAAAACCCAGAUUUAUUUAGCGUGCGCGUAGAAGAAGCAAUCUCUGUUUAGAGAUCCAAUCAUUAAUUGAAUCACACACGGUAUACGUGGAUCUCUAGGAUAGCCGGAUAUACGACCCUCGAUUGUUUAUUCUCGUUAUUCUUUGAUGAUAUAUCGAACCGAACACGUCGGAUCACGGAUCCGAGCCUCUUGAAAACUCUCUUCUUCCGUCGGAUAUAUCAGAGGUUAUGUGUGGAACAAGAAAGAGAGAGAGACAACGGAGGUUAUUACAAAGACUAUUUCUUAUUUUUCUCUCCUUUUUAAAUGUGCUGUUGGGACGGUAGUUCCUAUGAUUAUGAAAGACAGCGAUACUCCUUAGCGCUUAUAAAAUUAGUAUGCGUCCAGAAUGCCGCUUGAUGUAAAUGAGUAGCGAGAAGCCUCCUCCACCGUCCCGGGUAUCUUCCUUGUUGUUUCUCGAUCUACAGACUCGCGGCUAAAUAGGAAAACGUGUGUGCGGUUCGCGGACCGCGGAAGUCAAUGAGAAAAUUGAAUAUCACUUCCACACUAUAGUACAAAAAAUUGCCAGCACUGGAUAAGCGCUUAGCCGACGACGGUAGUUUCUCAUUUUUCUUGUAGUCGAACGGAGAAACAUGAUGAAAUGUAAUUCGAUUUUAGUUGACCGCGAGUUGUACACGUAUACUUGACACCAUAGGGAUAAGAAUAGAAGGGAUGUACGGGUACCCGAUAUAUUGGGUUACUUACACAUUCUUGAACAAUGGGGUGUGUGAAAUGCAUGAAAUAUAAGCGGUAUAGAAAUAAAAAAAGAACGUACAGCUCUCUUGUAUCCUUGUCUGAUCACGCAUGCGCAACUUUGGGCGCGAUAUUUUGAAAACCUUUACAGAUGGAAAUAUGUUUCACGAUUCCUGAGAGUUGCGUUUUCUAAAUAAAAUAUAAAUAAAUAUAUGCGUGUUAGGGUACAAGAGACCCAUAUGGUAUCAUUCUUUUUCUAUCGCUAUAUCACCUUUUUCAUAUCGCAUACGCACUCUAUAUUCUUGUAUUUCUAUACUUGACACUCGUCUUCUUGAGAAAUGAUUGAUCUUGAUCGAGAGAGAGAUUUAAAAAUCUGAGUUUGUUUUGUUGCGAGAACAAAAUUAUUAUUUAUGCUCGAUAAGAAAGCGAGCGAUGAAUGAAAACACGAGGCUAAUUAUGAUAAAGACGGGAUUACCAUAAAUUCUUGUGUAAAAAUAUGUAAAAAGAAAUUUACUGAUUAUGCAAUGUCUACAUGAGUAUUUAUGUAACGUUAUCGAAAGAAUUAUACAUUUCAAGAAAAUCCCUUUCUACGGAGAAAUCACUUGCUCAGAUAAUAUCCAGUGUAGGUCAUUUUUUUUCUACAGGAAAACUAAAGCAGUGGGGCUACGUUAGAUGAGCUGUUUCAUCGUCAAUUGAAUUUACAGAUAGGAAUACAAAUAGAGAUUUCAUACUGUUUCACCUGUUAAAUCAUGUAAAUGAUUUAACCUGAAAGUUCAUAUUAUUCACAAGAAAUCCUUGUAUGGCAGCUCGUGUAAUUUAUCAGGACAGUAUAUACGAUAAAAACA